AUCUAUUGAACGCCAUCGCGACAAACUAUUGUAUAUUAUAAGUUCAAUUCACUGAUUUAUCUUUAUUUUUCUAAUAUUAUUCUUUUGUUCACAAAUAUUUGUGCAUUGUUAUGUAGAAACAACACAAACGAAGGAUCUAAUAUCUACAACCAACACAUUUCGUAAAAAUAUCAUUUAAGGCAGCCUUCAACAUGAAUUCCAACACUCCAAAACUGUUUGCAACAUCAAGCAAAAUUCAAAUUAAGCAACAUGUGCCCAUUGGCUCAAUUAGGAAGGGUCCUCACGCUAUAGAACGCAGUUUAGUUCCAGACGAAGUUGUUAUUAAGCGUAGAUUCGGUGAAGGUUCAAAGCCUUUGUUUCAAAGAGAUGAUAUCGUGGUGAAUCCGGAUAAUGCUAUAAAUAUCGCAGAAGACAAAAGCGAAAAGCAAAGCACCACAGAGGAUAUUUCAAAUCGAGGGCGAAAAGAGCGCCACAUUUCGACUGAUUCCAGUAGCCCAGAGCGUUAUCGAAAAUAUCACAACAACCUAGAGAAAGAGACCACUCGACGCACGAAAACGACGAAUCCUAUUAGUGAUGACAAAUAUGCAGCUCGACGUGACGCAUCACCACCACCAAAUCGUCGCCGAAAAACCUCUGAAAAAAUUCCAUAUUUUGUAGACCAAGUAAGAGAGCGAGACAGAAUUCGUCGUAAAUAUGGAUCGACAAGAAAUAAAUCGCCUCUAGCGUCAUCCAAAUUUCGACGCAGGCGUAGUAUUUCAAGGUCACGCUCACGAUCUCACUCUCGAGAUUCAUUGAAAACUAAACAACGUUCACCAGCUCGUCGAACUAAUUUUCGUCGUCGGUCAAUUUCAAUGGAUCGUGAAUGGGGUGACAAUAGUAAACGCGAACGGGAAAGAGAAAAAUCACGUGCAGAUAAGGAUUUGCAUGGGACACCGAGGCACUAUCAACAUAGAUCAGAUGAUCGUGGCAAAAAUGUGCGUAGAUCCCGAAGUUCUCGUACACAUUCAAGAUCACGCACUCGUUCACGUGACCGUUCGUCGCGCAUAGGAACGCAAAAUAGCGAACGCCAUAAAUAUCGUUAUAAUGAGAAUGAAGAACAGAAUGGGAAUGGCGAAAGAAAUCUGUCACAACCGCAAAUCAUAACCAUACCCGUGCCGGUUCCAGCGGAUUUUAUUAAUUAUGGUUAUCCAACCUGGCCAACUACAACGCAGUGGGCACCCCAGACAUCACGAUAUGGAACACCCACUUAUCCUAUGCCUACUUUCGUGCCUGCUGUUUUACCACCAAUGCGGCACCCAAUGCCACCUUAUGGAUUACCUCCACAACCAAUACGUUACGGUGGACCUGGUUAUAGAUUACCUGUACAAUAUGGUGCAACACGCCCUUGGCGACCCAAUUUUCGAUCAAAAAAUACAUAAAUUAUGGGUAAUACAUGUAGAUUAAAUUUGGAUACUAUAUAGAUAUAUCAAGCGUAAGAAUUAUUGAUUUUACUCUUUUCUAUUUAUUGUACCACAUUUGGUAGUUGUAGUUAAAAUUUAAUAACUUCUGAUGUGUAAUUGCAUAUAAAUAGAAUUAAAUUUUCAAUUUAUAUUUUCUGAUCGAAAGUGAAAUUCAAGGAUUAAAAAAUAUUUUUCGCAUUCGUAAUAAAAUUUUAUAUUAGAUUUUUUUCGAUUUUAAGUUUCAAAAAGCAAGUAAAUUUAAAAAUACACUU